AAUAAUAAAGUAAUGUCCAGUGAAAGUGAACUAAAUGAAUGAUCGGUAAAUGCAUCUGUCGGUUUGUAUUAGCCCUUCGUGUGUCCCCGUUUAACUUGACAGAAGCUCGUUUUGCCACAAGCAGGUGAAUGCUGGGUGAGGGAUAAUGGCACAUGUUGGAGCUGUUGUUGCAGUAUUGGCUGGUUUUAUGGCCAUUCUGCUACAUUCUUCCAUACACAAGAUUGAAGAGGGACAUUUGGCGGUUUAUUACAGAGGAGGAGCUUUGCUAACCAAUCCUAAUGGCCCGGGAUACCAUAUAAUGCUGCCUUUCAUUACUUCAUACAGAUCAGUGCAGACAACUCUGCAGACGGAUGAAAUUAAAAAUGUGCCUUGUGGAACCAGUGGGGGUGUCAUGAUCUAUUUUGACAGAAUUGAAGUGGUCAACAUGCUGGUUCCAUCAGCAGUAAUUGACAUAGUGAAGAACUACACUGCAGAUUAUGACAAGACUCUCAUCUUCAACAAAAUUCACCAUGAGCUGAACCAGUUCUGCAGCGUACACACACUGCAGGAGGUCUAUAUAGAGCUGUUCGAUAUAAUUGAUGAGAACCUCAAGACGGCUUUGCAGAAAGACUUGAAUGCUAUGGCUCCCGGACUCACUAUUCAGGCUGUGCGAGUCACCAAACCCAAAAUUCCUGAGGCAAUUAGAAGGAACUAUGAGCUAAUGGAAGCAGAGAAGACCAGACUACUCAUCACAGUUCAGACACAGAAAGUGGUGGAGAAGGAAGCUGAAACUGAGAGAAAGAAGGCUAUCAUAGAGGCUCAGAAAUGGGCUCAAGUGGCAGAGAUUAACUUCCAGCAAAAAGUGAUGGAGAAGGAAACAGAGAAAAAGAUCUCUGAAAUAGAAGAUUCUGCUUUCCUGGCGAGGGAGAAAGCGAGAGCAGACGCUGAGUAUUACACUGCUGCACAAUUUUCUGAAGCCAACCGGCUAAAGCUGACACCAGAGUAUCUGGAACUGAUGAAAUACCAGGCCAUAGCAGCAAACAGCAAGAUCUACUUCGGUCAGGACAUCCCGAACAUGUUUGUAGACACCAGCGCCUCCCGGACAACCACAAGCCAGGGUGCAGCUGACUCAAUGGAGCAGCUGGAGUCCCUGAGUAUGAAAGAGGGUCUUAAGAAAGCAUCCAAGCCCAAAACAGCCACAGAAGGCCACUGAGGGGGAGAGCUGUACCUCCCACUCCACCCUCCCACACUCUUUCUUCUUUCUCAAUCUCUUUCUUUGUGGGGCAUGGGUGCUUGUGUGGCAUGCUGACAUGGAUAUUUUUCACUCUCGUGCUGCAGUGGGGUUUGGUACUGUGAGUCAGUCAGCUGAAUACACCGAGGCUGUGGUUUUACAGCAGUCACGUGUGGACGGAAACAAAAUGUCUUAAGAUGAGGCAAAAUUUUUGAAGUGUUGUCUCAUCUGUGCUACUGAAUAUUGCCAGAUUGAAUUGUCGUAAUCCAUAUCUUUAUACAUUGCAAUGGCUUGCAUUAGCAUGCUUUUUUCUUUCUCUAACUGUUGCUCUUAACUUGCUUACUUUUUUCAAAUCCAUGUUAGAUGUUUGUUUGAUGCAGGCUGAUGCAUCUGUGUGAAGUAUGUGAACAUUUAGAGCCUUUUGCGUUACUGGAUAUGAAAGGCAUCACACUAAUUGAGAUCAAAGGAAGCGCAGCUACAAAUGGAGGACAUUUAAGAAGUCAUCCCCUUUUCUUUGUUAUUUAGGAGAUUUUAGAAGUUUAUUACAGUUAAAAUCAUAAAUUUAGUUCAGCCACAAUUGGAGAGAUCAGUGGCUUUUACAUAAAGUAGUUCUUUAAAAAUUGAACUCGAUCAUUUGAGUUUUCCAUCUUAAUUUUUGCUUAAUCUUGAACACAAUCUCUCUAAAUAACUAUGUGAUUACUCUUGUGCAAAUUUUAAGUAAUGUCAGAAGUAGUGGGUUUAGUGUAGUGUUUUUUGGCGUGUUAGUUUAUGGGUGCCCUGUGGAUGCUGAUUUGAUUUGUUGAUUCAUAGAAAGUUUCACAAACUGAGCAUGGGUGUGGGGCUUUCAAGGUGAAAUGCUUACAUUUUUGUUUUCUUAAAGUUUGAAAACCAGGGAUUGUGGCUUUGAAAAGCUAUGAGAUGGAUAUUACAGCGGUUGGAUAAUAUGUGGUCCGACUGGAAAUGACCUCUUGCAUGUUUUGUCAUUAAUUGAAAUAUGUUUGAAAGGGAAUCUAAUUAAAAUAAGGGCUGCUGUGUUAAUAGACACUAAAGAGUUUUACCCAUACAAUGUCUGAGAUGCAUUACAAAUAUACAUCUGGAAAGUUAUCAUGCAUUAAAAAUGUUAUGUUUGUCACAGUCCAUUGAUGUCCUAUAGCCACAGAAGUUUCAAGAUGUCACCACUAGGGGAGGCAAGUGUUCUUUAGGAAUCAAAAGACUGAACAACAGAAAGUCAAAUGAGCAAGGUGUCUGCCUAAGUCUAUUUCAAUAAUCACAGUGCAUUAAAUCAAACCAUCCAGACAAGGUUUUGAAUGAUACGUGUCUAUUGGUGCUCUCUCUCUCAGGAAUAGAGGCCUGUAUGUUAACUUGAAUGACCUGAUUUUUUUGAAACCCUGUACCAUAAGCCUCUGACCACUUCACAGACAUCUGAGUCAAAUGCACCUGUCAUAUUUUCACAUCUUUUGGACAAGCAUUCAUUUAAUUUAGUUAGUACAUUUUCUUAGUAUAUCCCUGUUACACUGGUUAUGUGGCUUCUCUUCUGUUCCUACAGUUUUUAUCAGGAUGCAAGUUUAAACAUCUUAGAAGCUUAAAGGAAACGCGAAGCCUGAUACAGAUCUCUUUGGUUCUUAUGAUUAAUGAAAUGAGAAGAUGAAACUUUGACUGCCCUGGAAUAAACCCACUCUGUGAAUGUCACUUUUUUAUGUCAGCAUAAUUUAAGCUCCUAGUUUUAAAACAUUUAUAUGCAAAAUUUUCAAAGUUUUGACAGUGUUCAAUUCUGUGAAAUAAAACCUAUUUUGAUACCAUGGAAA